CCGCUCUCCAUAGUUACGGCGCUGCGGAGGCGGCGGCCAUCUUGGCGGCGGAGCGAUGAGCGGGUCGAACUCCAAGGCUGCGUCCGCGGGCUCGGCGGCUGGGCCGGGGGCGCUGGUGGCUGGCAAGGAGGAGAAGAAGAAGGCGGGCGGCGGCGUCCUGAAUCGGCUGAAGGCUCGGCGGCAGGCGCCCCACCACGCGGCGGACGAUGGCAUCGGGGCAGCGGUCACGGAGCAGGAGCUGCUGGCUCUGGACACCAUCCGGCCCGAGCACGUCCUGCGCCUCGGCCGGGUCACCGAGAAUUAUUUGUGUAAACCUGAAGACAACGUCUACAGUAUUGAUUUCACCCGCUUCAAAAUUCGAGAUUUGGAGACAGGGACAGUGCUUUUUGAGAUUGCCAAGCCUUGUGUUUCAGACCAGGAGGAGGAGGAGGAAGAAGCAGGUGGAGAUGUGGAUGUCAGCGCAGGCCGCUUUGUCCGCUACCAGUUCACACCAGCAUUUCUCCGCCUCCGGACCGUGGGGGCCACGGUGGAGUUCACGGUGGGAGACAAACCUGUGUCAAACUUCCGGAUGAUCGAACGGCACUAUUUCCGGGAACGCCUGCUGAAAACCUUUGACUUUGAUUUCGGCUUCUGCAUCCCCAGCAGUAGGAACACUUGUGAACACAUCUAUGAGUUUCCCCAGCUUUCUGAGGAUGUCAUUCGUCUGAUGAUUGAAAAUCCCUAUGAGACCCGUUCUGACAGCUUCUACUUCGUCGACAACAAGCUGAUAAUGCACAACAAGGCUGACUAUGCCUAUAAUGGGGGCCAGUAGCUGCGGGAGGAGCAGACGGGGAGGUGCUUGGCUGCGGCCCGAGGUCCUGGCACCUGGAGGCAGUUGAAGCUGCUGCCUGUCAACACACAUCUGGAACCCGGCCCCGGAAGCCAAGGCUGGGGCGGCAGUUUUCUGCGCUCCGAGAGAGGUGCCAAGCAGUGCUGUGUUUCCUUCCCUGGUAUUUUUUCUUCCCGUUUUUCCCUGUCCCUUAGGUCACAGAGGUACUACAGUAAAGUAAAAAAUUAGGGUAAGACUCCUGGAAUCCAGAAAAAAAGAAAGUUUAUUUUCAGGUAGUCAUCGCUCCUGGUUGUCCUGACGAGCCUGGGUCUCUCCAAGCACAGCUGUGCUGGGGAGAGAAGGCUUUUCUGCAGGUGCAGGGACGCCAGGCCUCCUGACUCGGGGCCACCAUCAGCACACUCUGACCUCGGCCUGCGCGUGGUCCUACAGCUGCUGGAAAGAAACUUGAAAAGGGACGGCAGGAUAGAGCGGUGCCCAGAGUGGAGGCGCUGGGCGGGCAGAGGGGCCAGACCAAGAGCCCUUUAUGCAGAAGCUGUUCAUCCGUUGACGCCAGGGGUCGUAGCCAAUCCUCCUGGGGCUGCACCGUGCUUCCAGCCUGGCAGCGCCUUCCUGCUCUCCUUCUGGAAGAAAGAUGAGCUGGCUCUGCUUCUCCUGGCUCCUGACUUUUGAGUUUUUCCUGAAAUGGAAUGCGUCAGUUUUGCUCUGGGAACUGUAGUAUCUCAAGGUCAGAGCAGGUCUCAGUGUUUUUGGCUUUUUUAUUUCCAGGCUCUUUGAGGGGGAGGUUUUAUAGAAUGUCAGUGGUAUUCCCAACGUAUGUGAUGUGUCGCUAGACCUCUAAUAGUAUUAACCAGGCUCAUGUCCCAUCUGCUUUUGUACUGAAGUAGUUCCUGGAACCAUCCUGGCAGGUCAGACCUAAGAAAUGUGUGUUCUGGUCCUUCAGACUGCCCAUUGGAAUGGUUUUGGGUGGGAACCGGGGAAAUUAGCUGAGGUGGCCUGUCAGAAAGGUGUUUCUCAAAUAGAUUUUUUGCACAUCCCUCAGACCCUCAUUGGAUAGACUCUCCCUGCCUCAGAUCCCUAGGGUUGCCUGGCUGUGUGGGUGGAUUUAGAUGCUUAGCCUAAACUCCUGAGCCUCUGAUGAGAUGGUUGCUAUGGCCAGGAUUUAGCUUUGUUAGAAAGGUCACGGCAGGAAGGGCCCAGGUGUGUGCUUCUGUGACAGGAGAGCUGUCUCCCAAGGGGCUAGGAAGAAAGGUCAGCUGGGGCCAGGGGAAGAAGGGCCUGCACUUGGCCGCAGAAGGCCCUGUGCAUUCACUCACUGACCAGUGCUGCUCCCUGUUUGGAUUCUAGAGUGUGAAUGGCCUUGCACCUUGGUCCAGUGCUUUGCGCCAGGCCAGAGUCCGGGCUGUACCAGAUGCUGGCAGCUUGCUCACUGAGGAAACCCUGGUUAGCCCUGUGUGCUGGCGCUGGACCCAGCCCCUGAGGGAGAGGAGACUGAGCUCCCUGUGGGCUGCACAUCCCCAGAUGGGGUGAAUCCGAGAGCUGGAGUCGGCUACAAAUCCAGGUGCCUUAUGUGUGGCUCCGUCCAGAUGCUGACGGACGGACACCAGCACUGCCUCUCUCCCUUCUUUCUCACUGGGGCUCCUUUAACGGAUUUGUGUUCAUUGAGCUUCAGAAUAGCCCCUUCUCUCUGUGACAGAAGUCCAUUUGGGAGAAUUUCUACUUCUUGAAAUUUAAUUAUAACCUAGGGUGUGGUUUCUGGAGCUGUCCGGAGCUCUGCUCUGUAGAGCCUGCCUUGGAAACGUGUCUCAGGGCAGACCACAGCUUGUGCGUGGGUGGGCUGUCUCUUAUCUGCAGUGUUAGCUGUUGCUGAGAGGAGGCCCAGGAGGGCAGAGAAGGCAGGCAUUCUGGCAUAAUAGUGCUGUAUCCCUCUCCCCAAGAGCUCACCUCCAUCUCACUGGAGACCAUUUGGAGCCUGAGCGCUCUGUCUGCAGCCAGCAGGAUGGGGAGUUGCCCUUCUCUACUCCUGAGGUCUGGUGUUCUGUAUCUGAGACUCUGCAUUCGUGUGUCCAGCUAGGCACGAAACCUUGAGGAGCAUUACAACUCUGAGGUGGUAACCAGCAGGGUAAGUUGGAAGUUCAAGCUUUGGUGUCUGAACUGGAGAGAGAGGUGGAAGUCGCACUUCCUCUGAAAGUAGCUGAACUCAUCAGAAGUUGAAUCAGGAGGCCGUGUUAUUAAGGAAUCUGGGCCACUGGUAGCAGUUAUCUUGUGGGUGAUGCAAUGGGAGGAAAAAACCUGCCUUCCUGGGGAGACGAUGCCCUGAGAGGCAGCUCCUGGAGGGAACACAUUCCAGCAGACUGGCAGGCCCAGCUGGCGCCAGGGGGCCUGCUGCCUGCCCUCCCUCUCCCGUCCUGCUCCUGUCCCUCUGCCUUGGAGCCUUGGAACCUCCUGGUAGAGCACCUCUCUUCUGUAGAGCAGUUGGGCUAAGAUGACCUUUUGGCUUCUGCAAAGAAGAUCCUGGUUUGUUUCAUUCUACGUUUUAAAGAGUGAACAGAGGAAAUAACUAAAAGUAGUUCUGGAAUAAAAUAGGUCAUCCUCUCCUCAUGUGUUAGCUCAAUGCUGUCUUGCAGGGAAGCAGUUUUCAGGAGCAUGGAAGACUUCCUGAAGACACCCACAGUCUUCGGGCCAUCUGAUUCUCAAAUAGGCAGUGAUUUGGGGACUCUGGGGUGAUCCAGAGACUGGAGAUUCUUGUGUGGCAAAGUUGGGGGAAUCUUCAACUGGUUUUUUCAGUUGAAGUGGGACUCGUUUCUGGAAUGGAUUUAAUAGGCUGUGUCUAAUGUACAAAUUGGGUGCGUUUUGCCUUAGUAGGUCUUACCACCCUUGGUAGGCUCCCAGGGUACUCUUUUUUUUUCCUCUGUAAAGUCACUUUCUUCUGGUGGCCACUGUCACUAUGACUUCAGUGAAGUUAGGGGGAUGUGGACAGUUCUCAGAGUCACAGCACAGACUCAUUGCCUGUGGGCAAGGAUCCCGGAUGCAGAGGGUGCCGCUGUACCUGGCAUAGGAGCUGGGUCAUCAAAUCAUUGUGUUACUUACAUUCCAUGUUACAGGACGUCUUAGGAACAAGAAGGGUCCGGUGGAGGUGGAUGUACCCCUUGUUGUACAAAGGAUCAUGUAAAGUCAUUGAACUUGUGAAAGUCUAUUUUUUCCCUGUAAAUCUAUUUUUCACAGAAUAUAAGAAAUGUCAGUGACCUGAUCUGCCUCCCCGCCUCCCCCAAGCUCCUCAUUCCAGUUUGUAUUGUCUUUGUGUCCAAAGUAAACCAGGUGACUUAUUUGUAUAAAAUGUUAUUUUGCCACAAGAGACAGUAAUAAAAGAAAGAUUUUCACAGUA